AUGGGUAUAUCCAAAGACCAGAACACUCCAUUACAUAUCGCUGUCUUAAGUGGACACACAUCUACAGUGGAGAAGUUACUACAUACAGGUGCUAAUGUGAAUGCUGUCAAUAAAGACAACAAGACUCCACUUCAAUAUGCAGUAGAAUUUUAUUGUUCUGAAUCAGUUGUAGCAUUGGUGUCAGCAGGGGCCAAAGUAGAUGUAGUUAAUGAGUACACAUAUAAGACUCCACUUCACUAUGCAGCAGGAAAAGAUGAUAAUAAAUCAAUUGAGGCAUUGUUGUCUAAAGGAGCAAAAGUAGAAGUAGUUGAUAAGUACAACAAGACUCCACUUCACUAUGCAGUAGAACAUUAUUGUUCUAAAUCAAUUGUAGCAUUGGUGUCAGCAGGGGCCAAAGUAGAUGUGGUUAUUGAGGACAACAAGACUCCACUUCACUAUGCAGUAGAAAAAGGUGAUAAUAAAUCAGUUAAGGCAUUGUUAUCAGCAGGGGCAAAAGUAGAAGUAGUUGAUAAGAGGGGAGAGAAUGCUCUCAACAUGGUGCUUUACUAUCCAAAUACCGUGUAUGGAUUUAAUGACGACAUGAAAUUAUCUGCAAUAAAUGUCAUGAAGUUGCUUUUAGAUACUAAUAUACCCUUGGACAACGUCGAUCGUCACGGUAAGACACCAUUACAGUAUAUUGAUUCCAACAUAAGGUCAGCUGGUACGAAAACUGAUUUCUACAAAGAAGCUAAACUAUUACUACUAAAAGCAAUACAGCGAAAGGGAAACUAG